UGUACGGACAUCGAUUUGAGUUCUUGUGGUUGCUAAAGUUUUUAAGUCUUAUCCUUCCAAACAGAAACUGAGAAAGCUUCAAUGUCUGUAGUAACAAUUAACAUGAACACGAUCAAUCACUUGUCCUCAACCUGUAAAAUCCCAAAUCUCCAAUCACCAAUUUGCUUCGAUCGCAAACCCUCUUCAUAUUCUCUCAUUCCUCUGUUUCCAAAAACCCUAAAUGGCUUCUCUUACUCUUCUUCCGUUAGUCGGAGAUCGAGUUUCAUCAUUCCCAAGAGACGACGAUUCUCUGUUUCCAUGGAGUGGCAAGACUGCUCAGUAAAGAUGGAAGUAGAUGUUCCAGUCUCAGUAGCGUAUAAUUUCUACUUGGAUCGUGAAUCUUUUCCUAAAUGGAUGCCUUUUAUUUCUUCUGUCGAGGUUUUAAAGGACAAGCCUGAUCUAUCACGUUGGUCACUCAAAUACAAUGCUUUUGGUCAAGACAUUAAGUAUUCUUGGCUUGCUCGUAAUCUUCAGCCUACUCCUAAUCAGAAAAUCCAUUGGAGAUCUCUUGAAGGUCUUCCUAAUAAAGGCAGCGUUCGAUUCUUUCCUAAAGGUCCUUCAUCGUGCAUCGUAGAACUAACUGUAUCAUAUGAAGUCCCUGCGCUAUUGACCCCGGUGGCAUCGGUGCUCCGACCUUUUUUAGAAAGCUUGCUUAGAGGUGGACUUGAAAGAUUUGCAGCCUUGGCCAAAACUACUUAAAAAGGAAUAUGCAUGCAUCUUUCUCUUGGUAUAUACAUGAUUUGGGAACUCUACCAGAUCUCAUAGUUAGGAGAUCUCUAUUGUGACUUUUGUAUGAUUAAAGUGACAAAUAUUUCUUUCUAUCAUAACAGAAGUUUUGGUUUAGGUCACCAAGAAAAAAGAGAAACUCAAUAAACCAACCAGAAAUCUUGGGUUUGA